GAACGGCGACAGACUCUGGCCUGUGGGGAAGAGAGAGAGGAGAAGGGGGAGCAGCUGCCCGGAAUUGUUUUCGCAGGGGGCGUUUGAGCUGCCGGCCGCACCACCUAAUCGCCGCCGCGCUUGUUCACCCCACCGCCCGAUGGCGGCUGCCACGCCGCCGCCGCAGGCGGCUCGCCCGGCCCCGUCCGCCGCCGCCGCGGCCAAGCGAGUAUCGGGCGGCGCCGGGGGGCCGCUGAUGGGGAAGUACGAGCUGGGGCGCCUGCUGGGGCACGGCACCUUCGCCAAGGUGUACCACGCGCGGCACGUCGGGACGGGGGAGAGCGUUGCCAUCAAGGUGCUCGACAAGGAGAAGGCCGUGAAGAGCGGGCUCGUCUCGCACAUCAAGCGCGAGAUCGCCGUGCUCCGCCGCGUGCGCCACCCGAACAUCGUGCACCUGUUCGAGGUCAUGGCCACCAAGUCGAAGAUCUACUUCGUCAUGGAGCUCGUCCGCGGCGGCGAGCUCUUCUCCCGCGUCUCCAAGGGCCGCCUCAGGGAGGACACCGCCCGCCGCUACUUCCAGCAGCUCAUCUCCGCCGUGGCGUUCUGCCACGCCCGCGGUGUCUUCCACCGGGACCUCAAGCCAGAGAACCUCCUCGUCGACGAGCACGGCAACCUCAAGGUGUCGGACUUUGGGCUCUCCGCCGUCGCCGACCAGUUCCGCCCCGACGGCCUGCUCCACACCUUCUGCGGCACGCCGGCCUAUGUCGCCCCCGAAGUGCUCGGCCGCCGCGGGUACGACGGCGCCAAGGCGGACGUCUGGUCCUGCGGCGUCAUCCUCUUUGUGCUCAUGGCCGGGUAUCUCCCUUUCCAUGACAAAAACCUCAUGGCCAUGUACAAGAAGAUUUACAAGGGCGACUUUCGCUGCGCGAGGUGGUUCUCCAAGGACCUUGCCAGCUUGCUGAUGCGUAUUCUUGACACCAAUCCAAACACUAGGAUCACUUUGCCUGAGAUAAUGGAAUCUCGCUGGUUCAAGAAAGGAUUCAAGCCGGUAAAGUUCUACAUCGAGGAUGACAAGCUGCACAGCGUGAUAGAUGAUGAAGAUGGCCUGCUGGACAUGGGACCUGCUGAUCCACUUCCUCCUCCAUUGCCACCACCACCACCACCUCUACCUCAACAGAAGUUUGAUGGUGAUGAUUCGGGGUCGGAAUCGGACUCAUCGGUCUCAUCCUGCCCUGCUUCGGUGUUAUCUGAUGAGAGCCAGAGGCCCCGUGGGUCCCUCCCUCGCCCAGCAAGCCUUAAUGCAUUUGAUAUCAUAUCAUUCUCAAGGGGAUUUAACUUAUCAGGGUUGUUUGAGGAGAAAGGGGAUGAGGUGAGGUUCGUCUCGGCUGAGCCCAUGUCGGAUAUCAUAACGAAAUUGGAGGACAUUGCAAAAUUGAAGAGUUUCAAGUUGCGGAGGAAGGACUGGCGGAUGUGCCUGGAAGGUACUAGGGAGGGAGUUAAGGGACCACUAACAAUUGCCGCGGAGAUAUUUGAACUCACACCGCCCCUUGUAAUGGUGGAGGUAAAAAAGAAGGCGGGGGAUAAUGAAGAGUAUGAGGACUUUCUCAACAAGGAACUGAAGCCAGGGAUGCAGCACCUUGUCCACCAUAUGGUUCGAACUCCAAGUAUGACUACAGAUGCCGAGUAGGUCAAAAGGCUCUCAAGGUAACAGCGGAACUUCACUUGGAGCUAAUGGGCGCAGCAGAAGGCAACAUUCGGAGCAGCAAUGAGGCUAGUGACCGAGUUCAGCGCAGCUGACCGGUAGAGAUCAUGUAGUCAGACAAAAAAGGUUGACAGUUUUCGCGCUACCGUAGUUCCGCCGCCGUUGAUGAGCUCCUCACCCCACCCUCAUGACUGAAUAAGUCUGUUCCUCCUCGAGGGAGGAAGGGAGGUUGUGGCUGUACAUACUCCGGAUGGUCGGUUGGUACGUAUCUGAGAAUAGGUGGUUGUUGAAUGUACUAUCGCAGGUGGUGCACGCCUGCUAUUGGUUUUACGAGCAAAUCCAAUAAUUUUGGUUAAUCAUAUGCUUUCCUGGACCA